UCAUAACAAUUCCAGCUCCCAACAGCCAUUACUCGCUCUUUUCAGAUCAGAGUAGCAAUGGCCACGGGCCAGCGCACGGUGUUACAAUUUGCACCAUCGUCAACUUCUGCGGCGAAAGUUCAACCUCUGGUUAUUUUUAAUAUCUGCGAUUGCUAUGUGAGGCGUCCCGACCAAGCGGAACGUGUCAUUGGCACACUCCUCGGUUCCGUCUUGCUAGACGGCACCGUUGAUAUUCGUAACUCAUAUGUCGUUCCUCACAACGAGUUCUCCGAUCAGGUUGCUUUGGAUAUUGAAUAUCAUCAAACUAUGUUAAAGUCUCACCUAAAGGUGAAUCCGCAGGAAGUUAUUGUAGGAUGGUUUUCAACUGGGUUGGGAGUCACUGGUGGCAGUGCAUUGAUCCAUGAAUUUUAUUCUAGAGAAGUUUCUAAUCCUGUUCACCUGACUGUAGAUACAGGAUUCAAGAAUGGAGAGGCUACCAUAAAAGCCUAUAUUUCAGUUAAUUUAUCCCUUGCAGACCGGCCACUUGCUGCACAAUUUCAAGAAAUUUUGCUUGAUCUUCAAAUGGUUGAAGCUGAGCGAGUAGGAUUUGAUAUACUGAAGACAGCAAUGGUUGACAAACUUCCUGGUGAUUUGGAUGGAAUGGAAGUCUUAACGGAGCGGCUUGUAGCUCUAAUAAAUGAUGUUUACAAAUAUGUUGAUGAUGUUGUAGAAGGGCGUGUUGCACCUGAUAACAACAUUGGGCGUUUUUUAUCAGACACUGUAGCCUCCCUUCCCAAACUGUCACCACCAGCUGUUGACAAACUUAUUAAUGACAAUCUGCAGGACCAGUUGCUCAUGCUAUAUUUGUCAAGCAUCACAAGGACACAGCUCAGCUUGGCAGAAAAGCUGAACACAGCUGCUCAAAUAAUAUAGUAUCCAUCUUGUGGAUGAACCCUUGUGCGGAGACAAUCUUACUUAUAGAAAAGUUUUAAUUUUCAGUUUAUCUUAACCAUCAAGGACAUGUGGGUAUUUUUCCUCUGAGGAGGUUGCAUUUUUUCUUUGUCCUUGAUUUUAAAUUUGUAAGUUCUCAUCAUUUUAGAAAGUUUUGUUUUUUUAAAAUUGCCAUUCAUAAACAUCAUCCAUUUAGGUGAACUUCCCAAAUUGGGCUUUCUGUUGAUUUCAUAUGAUUACUGUUUAAUGGGGUAUCCACUUUUUUAGUUUUGGGGUACCUUUUUAAAAUCUUUUGUUUGCCCAAGUAAUGAUAAACAGAGAUAAUUUAGUUA